AUCUAAACCUCGGAUUGUGCGCUUCUAGAUACUGAAUUUGUUUCGACCCUGCCUUGUUGAGUGGCCGUAGAGGCUCGACAGUUAGGAUCAGUGUGCCGUUGAAUUUAGUGAUUGUGUAGCGACCAGUACGUCCUGUAAGGAUGCAGAUCUUCGUGAAAACUCUGACGGGGAAGACAAUUACCUUGGAGGUCGAGAGCUCGGAUACCAUCGACAACGUCAAGACCAAGAUUCAGGACAAGGAGGGAAUUCCUCCUGACCAGCAGCGAUUAAUUUUCGCCGGAAAGCAGCUGGAGGAUGGUCGCACGCUCGCCGACUACAACAUCCAGAAGGAGUCUACCCUUCACUUGGUGUUGCGUCUUAGGGGAGGGAUGCAGAUUUUCGUGAAAACCCUAACGGGCAAGACGAUCACCUUGGAGGUCGAGAGCUCCGACACAAUUGACAACGUUAAGACCAAGAUUCAGGACAAGGAGGGAAUUCCUCCUGACCAGCAGCGAUUGAUAUUUGCUGGAAAGCAGCUAGAGGAUGGCCGCACGCUCGCCGACUACAACAUCCAGAAGGAGUCUACCCUUCACUUGGUGUUGCGUCUUAGGGGAGGGAUGCAGAUUUUCGUGAAAACCCUAACGGGCAAGACGAUCACCUUGGAGGUCGAGAGCUCCGACACAAUUGACAACGUUAAGACCAAGAUUCAGGACAAGGAGGGAAUUCCUCCUGACCAGCAGCGAUUGAUAUUUGCUGGAAAGCAGCUAGAGGAUGGCCGCACGCUCGCCGACUACAACAUCCAGAAGGAGUCCACUCUUCAUCUGGUGCUCCGCCUCAGAGGUGGACAGUGAACUAAGUCACUACCUCUGCUGAAGGGCGAUCCGAUUUAUGUCCCCCUCCAAUCUGCUGAGCUAUUCAUCUUUUCUUUCUUAUGAAAGUAAUCAGGCCGUUAAUAUUUUGUCAAUAUAAUACACAGUUGAAAUAGAACUCUUUUCACAUAUCAUGCUCCACGUUGUGAAAGAAUCUCUGGUUUCAGUUUUCGCAAAAUUGAGGUGUGCAACUGCUCGGCAUGCUAAUUUUGGUGACUAGUGUUUGGUUCUAGUUCGAGGUUAUUCUCCCACGUUUCUCAAUGUGCUGCGAUGUGCAAGUUGAAAACCUGCGUCGAUGAUAAUGCUUUCUUCCAUGAA